UGACAUACUGCAACGCCAUGACGCAAUUGACACUGGGCUGCUGCAAGACAAUCAAAAAUGAAUCAGCUUGUGCGAGUGUAAACAGCCUUUAGACCGUGAAGGAGGGGGUGUGGCACCCACCAGCCCCAUUCACAGAGCACUCGUCCACGGCCACCCCAGUGCAGCACAGCGGGCUCGGUGACGGUUUAGCCCACGGCCGUAGCCUCUUCUCGCCUCCUCCGCGGUGCGCGCGGGACUGCGGACAGGAGCCGCUCUCCUCGCGCUGGCCCACGGUGACACUGAUCAGGACUCAGAUUUAAGGAUGCUGCUCCGCCGCCUGCCUACGGAGAUGCGAUAAAGAGCCGAAGGCAUGUCAGCUGCACCAUGAUCCAUGGCUGUGCAGGGCCUGUAUCUGAGCCCGCCGUGCUGCAGGAGAAGAUUGAAUGUCUCUAAAAUAUCGAGGUAGGCCAGCCCUCCCUCCUCUGCUUCUCUGAGUGAGCUGUGAGCCCUGUGCAGGCUGGUGAUGAGUGCUCAGGGCAGCAGCAGUAAGGGGAGUGGCCAACAUGAGGACACCCCGCCCCCGCGUCACACCCCUGGUCCCAAACUGCAGGUCCAACGCUCUCACUCGCGGGACACCAUCACCAUCCACUUCUCUGCACUGGGGAAGGAGGAGGAUGACGAUGAGGAAGAGCUGUACCUUCCAAAAACAUCUGGGCAGGAGACCAGGGAGGAGCUACUGUUUGAACCAUUAGCAGAAGAACCUUCGUCUUCAUCUUCAGUGGCCAUGACGAUUACUUCACCCCAUCAAAAUCCCAUGGUCGCUAACACCAGCUCGUCUUGGCCUUCUGAAAGGCCCCUGGCCGGUCCUUCCACUAGCUCUUACACAUCUUCUCCUUGUAAAACUACUCCACUGUCGUCAUCUAAACCAUUCUUAAGCUUGGUCCGGUCCUUGUCCAAUGAGGUUGAGUCUCGAGAACCGCCACCUGUGCCCACAACAGUCGCCCCAACCCAUGUCCGCCAUCGCCACUUGAUGAAGUCCUUCGUCAAAUCUCUGAGCACAGAAACUUCAAAGGAUCCAGAAAGCACGCAUUCUUACCAACAUGGCCCACCUUCACGACCUCCACCCCGCAACAUGCAACUUUUCAAACAGUUCUCUCAGCCACGCCUGUCCACUGCGCCGGUCGUUGUCACCCAAGCGGGGGGUGACUCCAAAACGGCCCCCUCCUCUCCCAUCAUGUCACCGGACGGCAGGUCAUUUUUCAAGGUACAGGAGGUAGAGGCCAAAAUCGAAGACACCAGACGGAGGCUAUCAGAGGUGAUGUCGGACCCCAUGCAGCUUUUCAGUAAGAUCAUAGGGGAUGAGAGUGGUGGGAUGGGGGGAGGUUAUGGGGGGUCCGGGGGUCAUCGAGGUAAAUCCCUUUCGUCCAGCGCGUCUGAACUCAGCGGGAUGGGGGCGGUGAACGGCCACUCAGAUGCAAACAGCAGUUACAGUAUCAAAGAGGAGAGUGCUGAGGCUGAGGAGGAGGAUGAAGAAACGCCAAUUGGAAAACCACCAGAUUCUGUAUUUUUUUCUUUCCCAUCAUUACCCACAAUCCCUUUAUCCAAAUCUCCCUCUCUGACUCUUGGCCGUUGCUCCAUGUCGGCGCUAGUGGCACGACAGGAAGAUGAAGAUUUUUGUGAACUGUAUAGUGAGGACUUUGACAUAUGUACAGAUACAGAAACGCCUGAUGGUAGCCAACCCAUUUGCAGGGACCCCCAAACUGUUAGCACAGGACUUUCUGAAUGGGACUUAGAGGAAGAGGACACAUACGAAGCAGAAGCUAUUCCAGUCACAGGUCUCAUUUUCUUAACACAAUUAGUAUACUGGUAUUUGAUCCUGCCAUUGCCCCCAUACAUGUACUCAGUGAUACAUGGGGUGAUGGCAGGGUUUAUGCUGGCCCUCCUGGUGUUGUGGCUGUCCGCUCCUCGGAUCUGCUCUUCCGGGAUGAGGAGAGGCAGAAGAAGGGUAGACAUCUGGAAUGUGGCUCAACUGGACAUAAAGGAACCUGGAAUAUUUAAGGGCUGGAUGAAUGAGAUCACUAACUAUGACCCUGAGAUGUACCACGCCACCCUCACCCACUCUGUGUAUGUGCGUCUGGAGGGCUCCGUGCUGCGCCUGUCCAAACCCAACCGCAAUAUCUCCCGCCGCGCCACCCACAACGAGCCCAAACCAGACGUCACCUAUAUCAGCCAGAAGAUCUAUGACCUCACCAACAGCAAGAUCUACCUAAUGCCCCAGAGCCUGGCGAGGAAGAGAGUGUGGAAUAAAAAAUAUCCCAUCUGCAUCGAGCUGGCCAAACAGGACGACUUCCUGUCCAAAGCCCAGGGGGAGAAAGUUGAGCCUGCGGAGGACAAGGCUGCGAGUCUCAGUGAGAAGAUGGAGAAGGUAGAUAAAUGUGAGAAAGCUGAAGCAUCUGCAGAGGAGCCCAAAAGACCAGCUUCAGGAGGAGGGGAUCUGACCAUCUACCUGUUUGGGAGGACUGGUCGGGAGAAGGAGGAAUGGUUCCGGAGAUUUCUGCUGGCAUCACGGGUGAAGUCGGAAUCUCGCCUGCCUGCAGUCAGUAAGAGUGCCUUCCUGCCAGCCCACAGCCGCAGCAGCAGUCCCCAGACGUCCGUGUGCCUGGAGGCAGAGAGUCGCAGCAGCAGUCGGGGCAGUCUGGAAGAGGUGCCCCAAGUCCAGGGAAGAAGCAAAGACCCUCCCCCCACCACCACUCUGCCCUGUCCCACCGCCAAACAGAAGAUGCUCCUGGACUAUAAUGUCUAUAUGGCCAAAUAUGUGACCACACAAGCUCCACCUAGAAGUCCCACCGGCAAAGACAGCUCUGGCAACAGCCCUGAGAGCAGCCCCAAAGCAGCCAGAAAGGAGCAGAGGAGUUCAGAAGACCCUGCUGAACCUGAGGCCUGGGUCAAUGCUUUUCUGGGGAGGAUCUUCUGGGACUUUCUUGGUGAGAAGUAUUGGGCUGAUGUUGUCUCCAAAAAGAUCCAAAUGAAACUCAGUAAGAUUCGACUGCCCUAUGUUAUGAAUGAGCUGACCCUGACUGAACUAGACAUGGGCUGUUCCAUCCCAAAGAUCCUCCACGCCUCCAAACCCUCUGUGGACCACCAAGGUCUGUGGUUUGAUUUGGAGAUCACUUACACAGGGUCCUUCCUUAUGACAUUGGAAACCAAGAUGAACCUAGCUCGCCUUGGAAAAGAGGGGGAGGGGCUUGGAGAGCAAGGCAAAGAAUGGUCCAGGCCCAGAACCUACUGUUUAGCGGACAGUGACGAGGAAUCCUCAAGUGCUGGCUCAUCAGACGAGGAGGAGCCGCCCGAGCUGCUUAGUGACAAAACCAUUUUACCUGGAGGCGAGGGCUACGUGGGAGGGCACCGGCCAAGUAAGAUCAUGCGCUUUGUGGACAAAAUUGCCAAGUCAAAAUAUUUUCAGAAAGCCACAGAAACAGAAUUCAUCAAGAAGAAGAUGGAGGAGGUGUCCAAUACACCUCUGUUACUCACUGUGGAGGUGCAGGAGUGCAAGGGGACCCUGGCUGUCAACAUCCCACCCCCUCCCACGGACAGAAUAUGGUAUGGUUUCCGGACUCCACCUCACCUGGAACUUAAAGCACGGCCUAAACUGGGUGAAAGAGAGGUUACCCUGGGACAUGUAACUGACUGGAUUGAGAAAAAAUUAAAUCAGGAGUUUCAGAAAAUCUUUGUGAUGCCAAACAUGGACGACGUGUGGCUCCCAUUAAUGCACUCUGCAAUGGACACGCGUUCAAAUGUCAACCUGGUGACUGUGACAAACGAGGCCUUGAAGGACCCAGAACUGUCCGAAUCUGAGGUCUCUGAGUUAGAAACGUAAUGUAAACAGGAGGACACGUAAACCACCAUCAUGGCAAUAUGACUGAAUACACAAGUACCUGGCCCAUCAGCUGCUAAAGGUACAGCUGAGGUCAUCCCAAUGGUCUCUUCCUGUUUUUUUUUGUUUUUUUUCCAUUUUUGUCCAAUUGCCAGUGGCUGCCUUUGAAGCUCUUAAACUGAAAGUAAUUUAGUGGUUUGAAAAAAAAAUCCAAAACUAAGACUCAGAUAUCACUUAAUAGGAUUGCCAAAUAGCCAUCACAUUUAAACAACAUGUGACCAUUUUCUUAUUUGACAAUUUAGAGGUCACUUUUUAUUUGAUUAAUAGAAAAUUAUUACUGUUAUUGUCUGCAUUUUAUAGUCAUUUUGUUCUGAGGUUGUGAAUAAUCAUUUAACAGGGAUCUCGACAUUUCUUACAGGUGUCAUGUAUGCAAAAAAUAUUGACACUGGGUCCACUGUAACGGCUCCAACUGCUGUAGAUAGGCAAUACAUCCAGGCUGUGCUUAGAGUAGAUUCAAGGUCGUACAAAACUGGCUUUAAGGGUUGUGAAAAUGUCUUUACCAACACAGCAGCUCAAUAAUGCCUAUAGAUGAAUGUUAAAAAGGAAAAGUUACUUGUCAUCUAUAUGAGCUUUUAAGAAUUUGUGCUUUUUGACAUUUUAUUUGGGGUCGAAAAUAAGUAAUAACCGUUUUUAUUGCCAAAGCAUUUUUUGUGUUUUGUGUGUACAGUAUGUGGUGGCAAACAAGCAAUCAACUGAACUGGAGAACUGCAGCAGGACUUGAAUGACCAAUAGUUGAAGCACUGUUUAUUUGUAACAGAUGUAAUGUACAGGUGUUUGUUCACAUCAGGAGACUUACAUGGAUGUUUUCAUCUAACUGGAUAUCAGCCAUAUUAUUUAUUAUUGUAAGCAAUCAUCCAGCUAAUGAAUGCUGUUAGUAUUUAUUGUGUUCUUUCUGUACUGUAUGUGUGUACUGUCGCCUACAACUUUACUAGAACAGCCUAUUCCAGUCUGCCAAGACAUCCAGCCGCUUUUAAAGGUGAAUCUAUGUUUUGUUUUAAUAUGUAUUGUGAAAUGAGGCAGAAAGUGCCUUUAAAUAAUCAACAUUCCCUCAUAGUGAGCCAUCACAUUUUGAGAAUGAAGUGGAUGCGUUUUGUGCCAUUACUUUUAAUUUUUUACAAGUCCCAUUGUUUUUCCAUUUUUGGUGUUUUUGCACAGUGCUUAAAAUAGUAACAUUACUGUUGUGUUCAGUGAUGUCACAAAAUGUUACAGUUGAUCAUUGUGGAUCAAUAAAAACUUUUGCUUGAAAA